AUGCUAGCCUUGCUGUUCGGUCUAAUCCUCUGCAUCUUCUCAGCGCCCUCGAUAGCUGACCACUCUGAUUCUUCCAAUGUCCCCAAGCCAGACCUUAUUUGUCACACAUCUAACCCCGACGAAUGUUACCCACGGGUAUUCCAACCUACAGAGGAAUUCCAGAUCGUCCACGAUGAUCAAGAACUGCCCAAAGGGCUCCACGUCCGCCUAAACAUCUGGACAGGUCUAAAGGAAGCCAAGAUCAAUGUCCCUGACGAGAUCGAUCCUUCUCUAGAAGGGAUGCCCGUUGACCAAGCCGUGGUCAUCGUCGACCAUGAGGAACAGCUAGGCGCCCCCAAAAUCCCGAAAGGCGCGCCAGAGUAUGAGCCGGUUGGAAAAGUCAAGGGACCACAGCAUGAAUCCGCCGCGCUUGUCGAGGGACUGAACAUGCUCAAGAGCGGAACCAGCAAAAACAAUCAAGCAUUUGACGAUGCCCUAGAGACGCUGGAGGAUCUCUCCCACGACAUGUACUAUGGUUUGAACAUUGCCGAGGAUACAGAGGCCAUGGAAGCGCUGCUGUGCCUCAUGAGUGGCCAGAGCGCUCCAAGUACCAAUGGAGCUGUUCCUCACGACCAGCAAGCUGCCUCGAUUUUGGCUGGUGUAUUUCAGAACAAUCCAGCCGCACUCAAGCAAGUCACCGGUUUCUGGCCACAGCUACUCGUUGAAUCCAGGUGCCCCAACACCGGCAAGUCUCUGCGCCAGAGCCUCUAUUCCAGUGUUGAACCAUCACGGAACGGAGAAGGCGCAAAUGCCCAGCAGGCAGCUGCCCGGGUCAAGCCCAAGGUUUCUGUCAUCAAUGGACUUAUCAAAGAUGGUUCUAUUCGAACACACUUUCUCAGAGAAGGAGGCAUGGAAUCGCUAUUGAAGGUGCUCAUUCCCGAGGAUAAGGCAUGGGCUGGUGCUCAACGAAAAGUUGGGCAGCUUGUGCUAGAUAACUUCUUGGAUGAAAACACGGGUGCGACUUUGGGGGAAUGGCCCUAUCUACCCAAGCUAGGCGAUGAACUGUGUCAGACGGAAGAGUCUGGGACGGCCGAGGGAUGCUGGGACUAUCAUGUCGAGAGGAUUAUGAAGUCAAGCAAGGCCAGUAAGGAGGACUGGAGUUGGCAGUUAAAUGACCGACUGGCGGCGGCGAGGCAAGAGCAAAGUAAUGAGAGGAAGCAUGAGGAGCUGUAG